AUGCGGAGCAAAGGCAGGAAGGAGAGCCUGUCCGACUCCCGCGACCUGGACGGCUCCUACGACCAGCUGACGGGCAACCCGCCGGGCCAAACUAAAAAAGCGCUGAAGCAGCGAUUCCUCAAACUGCUGCCCUGCUGCCGGCCCAAAUCCAUACCCUCGCUCAGCGAAAGCAAGUGCUUCUUCUUGCCUUUGUGUGACAGCACGGCUUCAGCUGCCCUCUCCUCCCCCAACUUCCUUGCAGACAGUGUCGAGGAUGAGUUUGAGCUCUCCACCGUCUGCCACCGCCCCGAGGGGCUGGAGCAGCUCCAGGAGCAGACCAAGUUCACCCGCAAGGAGCUGCAGGUCCUGUACCGGGGCUUCAAGAACGAGUGCCCAAGUGGCAUUGUUAAUGAAGAAAACUUCAAGCAGAUCUACUCACAGUUCUUCCCACAAGGAGACUCCAGCACGUAUGCCACCUUCCUUUUCAAUGCCUUCGACACCGAUCAUGAUGGCUCUGUCAGCUUUGAGGACUUUGUGUCUGGGCUGUCCAUCAUCCUGCGAGGCACCAUCGAUGACCGCCUGAACUGGGCCUUCAAUCUCUAUGACCUGAACAAAGACGGCUGCAUCACCAAAGAGGAAAUGCUGGACAUCAUGAAAUCCAUCUAUGACAUGAUGGGCAAGUACACCUACCCGGCCAUGCGGGAGGAAGCACCCCGAGAGCACGUGGAGAAUUUCUUCCAGAAAAUGGACCGAAACAAAGAUGGUGUGGUGACAAUCGAGGAGUUCCUGGAGUCCUGCCAGAAGGAUGAGAACAUCAUGAGGUCCAUGCAGCUCUUCGACAACGUGAUUUAGCUGUCUCCAGCUGAGCACUACUGACAUCGGGCUCAGACCCCACUCCUCUCUCGACUUCUCCUUCCAGCCCUUCCUGCUGCCAGCUGCCACACAGAGACAUGGUCAGCACCUGGAUGUAUCCUUCCCCCGAGGCCAGCCCCGCUUUCCUUGGGGAGCCCACAAAAGUGCCACCAGAGCGUGGGCGCAGCUGGCACGGGGCAUCUGGCCUGGGUGGGCUUCUUGCACCUGAUCCUAGAGGGAAAGCCGCAGCUCUGGCUGCCAUAGGGGCUUCCCCGUGCCCCCACAUCAUGACCCCCUCAGCAGCCCCAGCACCGGCUCCAGCCCGGACCCUCCAGCAACACUUCUAGGGACUAAGAGUCUCGCAGCAGGCAUCAGCUUCCUCCUGUGCCCUGAUGUUAGGGACAGCCACGGGACCCUCCUCGCUCACUCAGAGUGCCGGGCUCCCUCUGUUUGUCACCAACAGCUGCCUGGAGCUGGGUGUGCACUCCUGUCCCACCCGUGCGUCCCUCCAAGUCCUGUCUGGGGACUAAUGUCUCCACACCAAACUCCUGCUCAGCCCCACCGGCUUCAGGUCCUCUCCGCAGCCUGGCCCAGCUGCUCCCAGCACUGUGUCCAGAGGGGCAGCGGCGGUUGGGAUUGAUGGGGAACGGGUGAGCAAGGCUGUGCACCACACCAGGCUGAGCCCUGGUGUCAGAGCCGUUCGGACCCCCCCCUCACAGGGCUCUGAGCCUCAGCUGCGGAGCAGCCCCCACCGGGCCUGCUCCAGGCUUGGCUUGUGCAGAUGCGAUGUGUUUUUUAGCUCUGUCCACCACACUGUUCAUCUCACAGCCCUGCUCCUGGGCGGGAGGGCAGGAAACCCCAACCCCGCCUGUCCUGCACACACUGUCCCCCGCACGCAGAGCGGAGGCCUCCUCCCUCCAUCCCUCCAUCCCUCCAUCCCUCCA